AAUGCUAAGCUACGUUUAGCUGCUACCAUAUUAAAACACAGCAUGGCUGCUGUAUCUGUUGACAGCAGCAAUACAUGAUUUAUGUUGUGAAGAAGGAGCUAUACGGGAAACGUUUUAAUUAGGUCGACAAAGCCCGAAUAACACGGAGCUUUAGUUAGCUGCUGUUAACAACUUUAACCGCAUUAGCUUGCUAGACAGCCGUCAAAUGUUAGCUAGCUAUCUGCCUGCGCUAGACGCUAGCAUACUGUCAGUUAAAGUGGCUAACGGUAGCCACACUGCUGUCGAUCUCUUCGAGGUUGCUGUGUCAGCAUUUACUCAUCUAACGCUAUAGAGAACUGCAGAAAUCAAGGUGACAAAUAUUGGCCUGGUUAGCAGAGACUGUCCUUAACCUGAGUGGUGAGUCAUGGCCCAAUUCGGGGGACAGAAGAAUCCGCCCUGGGCAACUCAGUUUGCUGCCACAGCGGUGUCCCAGCCGGGCCACUCGGGACAGUCUAUUGACCUCAACAGCCUGCAUUCUGGUGCUUCAUAUUCCCUCCCUACAGCACUUGGUGUGCAGCAGCCGUCUCUUCUGGGAGCUUCUCCUUCAGUUUACUCUCAGCAGUCAGCCUUGGCUGCAGUCUCUCUCAGCAACCAGUCUGCUGCAAACUAUCAGCUGUCUCAGCAAACUGCUGCCUUGCAGCAGCAAGCAGCAGCAGCUGCGGCUGCAGCGCUACAGCAGUCCCAGAUAAAUACAGCCCUCCAGCAGUAUCAGCAGCAGCAGCAGCAGCAACAACAACAGCAACAGCAGCAGCAGCAGCAGCAGCAGCAACAACAACAGCAGCAACCUCCCCAGCAACCACCUCAACAGCAACUGUACAAUGUACCUCAUCAGCUUCCACAGCCACAACAAGCACUGCUUUCUCAGCCCCCUGUCGCCUUGCCCACCAGCCUUAGCCUGUCAAACCCCCAGCAGACAGCCCAGAUUACUGUGUCCUACCCAACACCACGUUCAAGUCACCAACAGCAGACGCAGCCACAGAAGCAGCGAGUUUUUACCGGUGUCGUCAACAAGCUACAUGACACUUUUGGCUUUGUAGAUGAAGAUGUCUUCUUUCAGCUAAGUGCUGUGAAGGGGAAAACCCCUCAGGUGGGUGACAGGGUUCUAGUGGAAGCUGUGUACAACCCGAACAUGCCCUUCAAGUGGAAUGCCCAGCGCAUCCAGACCUUGCCUCAGCUUGCAAACCAGUCGCAUCAGCAGCAGCCUCAGCCUUUACCUCAAGCUUCCCCACAGCUCGGCAGCCUUUACAAUGAGCCAGGGAUGCAGCUGCGCUACUCAGAAAUUCACACGACUGCGGACAACAGACAAAAUACUUUUCAUUCAAGCAGACACUCAGAGCUUUCCCCAGCUUCUUUCUUUCAAGCAGCCCCUGACCAGAGCCAGCCCCAAGCUCCCAGCAUGAUGAAGGCAGGCCCCACUAUCCUGCAGUCGCUACCUCCCCCAAACGCGUUCACUGUUCCCACCCAGGCUCCCCCGCCAUCCCUGCUGCAGGCCCAGCUCUCUGCUGCCUCUCUGGCGCCUCUCCUCCAAAACCCUCCUCAACCGUUACUCCCACAGCCUCCCCCUAAAGAUGUGUUUUCUGGGGGUCUACUUCAGCCCCCAGUGAGAAUGAUGCCACAGCCGCAGCCUGUACGGCGAAUUGAGCCCCCACCCCGUUUCCCCAGUCGCAAUGAUAGAGGCCCUGAGCUCAUUCUCAGGACUAAAGAGGAACGCAGUCGAGACAGAGACCGUGAGCGCAGACGAUCAAGAGAACGUUCACCCGCACGUAAACGUUCCAGAGACCGCUCUCCCAGACGCGACCGUUCACCUCGACGGCCUCGCAGGGUGGUUCCUCGCUACACCGUCCAGUUUUCCAAGUUCAGCUUAGAUGGCUCCAGCUGUGACAUGAUGGAGCUGAGAAGGCGCUAUCAGAGCCUCUACAUUCCAAGCGACUUCUUUGACGCUGUCUUCACUUGGGUGGAUGCCUUCCCCAUGACCAGACCCUUCCAGUUUAGUAACGCCUGUAAUUUCCACAUCUUGCACAAAGAGGUGGAUCCGCUGGUCAAGAAUACAGCUGUGCUUGACCCUCCUGAUGCCAACCACACGUACAGUGCUAAGGUGAUGCUACUGGCUAACCCCAGUAUAGAGGAGCUCUAUCACAAGUCCUGUGCUCUGGCAGAGGACACCCAGGAAGUCAAAGACUCCUUCCAACAUCCUGCUAGACUCAUUAAGUUUUUGGUGGGCAUGAGAGGUAAAGAUGAGGCCAUGGCCAUUGGUGGUCACUGGUCUCCCUCUCUGGAUGGAGCUGACCCAGAGAGGGAUCCCUCAGUCCUUAUAAAGACAGCCAUACGCUGUUGCAAGGCACUCACAGGCAUAGACCUUAGUCUCUGCACUCAGUGGUAUCGUUUUGCAGAGAUUCGCUAUCAUCGGCCGGAGGAGACACACAAGGGGCGGACAGUCCCUGCUCAUGUGGAGACAGUGGUUUUGUUUCUUCCGGAUGUUUGGCAUUGUCUUCCUACCCGCUCAGAGUGGGAGGUGCUGUCACGGCGACUCCGGGAGCAGCUGGCUGAGAAGCUGUCGGCCGAGCGAAAGGAGGCGGAUGGAGAACAGGAGGAAGAGGAGAAGGAUGGCGAUGAAUCGAAGGACGUUAGUACUCCCACUCACUGGGCUAAACUUGACCCGAAAUCAAUGAAGGUAAAUGACCUGCGGAAGGAGCUCGAUUGUCGCUCUUUAAGCUCAAAGGGGCUUAAGUCGCAGCUGAUCGCUCGCCUCACCAAGCAGCUAAAGGUGGAAGAGCAGGUGGAGGAGUCCAAGGAGCCAGAGAAACCAGAGAGCAAAAUUCCUGAGGAAGAGGAGCCAUCUCGCACCGAGGAAGACAGAGAGGAGGAGGAGAGGAAGAGACAGGAGGAGCUUGAGCGUCAGCGGAGAGAAAGGCGGUACAUCCUCCCUGAUGAGCCUACCAUCAUCGUACACCCCAACUGGGCUGCCAAGAAUGGCAAAUUUGACUGCAGUGUCAUGUCCCUGAGUGUGCUGCUUGACUACAGACUGGAGGACAACAAGGAGCACUCCUUUGAGGUUUCCCUAUUUGCUGAGCUGUUUAAUGAAAUGCUACAGAGAGACUUUGGCUACCGCAUAUAUAAAGCCCUUGCUGCUAUUCCUGCCAAAGACGAGAAAAAGGAAAAGGAGAAGAAAGCCAAAAAGGAGAAGGAGGCUGAAAAGCGUGAAACAAAGAAGGAAAAAGAAGAAGAGAAUGAAGAGCCAGCAGUAAAGAAGACCAAAGAGGAUGAAGAAGAGAAGAGGAAGAGUGAUGAAAAGGCUGUGAAGAAGGAGCCCUCUCGAGAUGAAGACGAGAACGAAGAUGAUGGCAGCACAGCCAAUGCUGAGGAAUAUGACCCCAUGGAGGCUGAAGAUGCAGAAGAUGACGAUGAUGAUGACAAGGACGACGACGACUCCAAUGACAGAGACAGGAAAGACCGCAAGGAUGAUCGCAAGUCUUCAAAAGAGCGGUCAUCUAAAGACAAGGAGAAGAAGCAGAUGGUCACAUACAACAAGGAGCUGCUGAUGGCGUUUGUCUACUUUGACCAGAGCCACUGUGGCUAUUUGCUGGAGAGAGACUUGGAGGAGAUCUUGUACACACUAGGACUGCACCUUUCUCGUGCUCAGAUUAAGAAGCUGUUGAACAAACCGGUGGUCAGAGAGUCUUGUCACUACCGUAAACUGACCGACAGGGGAAAGGAUGAACCAGUUCCGUCCCUCAACGAAUCCCAAAUAGAAAACCUAAUAGGUAACCGAGGACUACUUCCUGUUCUAAAAACUCGUUCUCAGUCAGAGCCCAGUGAGUCUGGUAAUCUGAUCGUGUAUAAUGGAGCCAUGGUCGACAUCGCCAGCAUGAUGCAGAAACUGGAGAAGAGUGAGAAAGCAAGAGAGGAGAUAGAACAGAAGCUAAUGGUGCAGGAUUCUAAAAUGGAGGAAGAUGCAAAGGUGAAGUUGCAGUUGGAGCAAGCCAACAAGGCCUUGUCGAGGGAGCUGGAGGAUGUAAAGAGCAAUCUGAGCCAAACUGAGCAGACUCUGAAGACUGUAGAGGAGCAGAAGACGAUCUACCACGACCAGAUUGUCAAAACGUCUAACACUUUGAUGGCCAGCUUCAAAGGGCUGAUGGCAGUAAUCAAAAAGGAUGAAGAAGUAGACGAGUCUGGUGACGAAGCUGCUGGCGAUCACAUUCGGACAUCUCAAACAAACGGCGCUGAUGAAUGAGUGACACAUUUAAAAUCGAUGAAGCUAAUCUGUAACACUGAGUAUCUUAAAAUCUGUAAAUAUUCACUAACAAGUAUGAUUUGGCUGUGUUUCAUUUGGACCUAUUGUUUCCCAGGCAUGUAUAAACUACUUACUUAGUUCCCUUGUGUUAAUUAGAAUUCAGUUUUAUGUGUACAAUACAUUUGUUCCUGAAGAGUUACAUUUCUUACCUAGAAUGAUUUUAACUAUGACAAAGCUUUGACACGCUUAUUUUCAUAGUUCUAAAUUAUGAUCAGUUGCUAACAUUUUUUUUUUUUUCUUUUUGUCAUUGCUCUAGUUUUGUUAUGGCCAAUGACAUGCUACAUUGUAGAUCUAAAUGCCAGUAUGUAUGAGUUGUACUUUUCUGUUUUGAGAUUUUUGUUUUUCUAAUGAGCAAUAAUGAUGCUAUUUAUGUGCAAGAGAAUUCGUUAAAAAAAAAAUUAUAUUUAAAAGAAACUAAUUUUAGAAGGAAACAGGUGGGAAGGGGCUCCAUGUGGUUCAGACAGAAUUUCUAUGUAAAUUGUUCUAAUCUGCUGUUUAACCACAACUGUGUUCAAUAAACACAUUCAGUUUGUAGUACUUUUUGUUUUGCUGAGUUCUGCAGGUUUUCUUUCUUUCUUUUUUUUUUUUUUUAUUAUACACAUGGCUAUGCAUGGUUCCUGCCUCUCUUGGACCUUUUCGCUGCCGGCACCUCCCGACUGUACCCGCCAACUGCUGCGCUGCCAGUUACAGUUUUUCAUGUUUCACUGUGGCGAGCGUCUGUCUUGUUUUCUGAAACUACACGUGAACCAAAAGAUAAGCUCAACGAAUGUGUUUUCUCCUUGAAUGAAUCGAAGAAACUUGAACACUUUGAAAUCCAUCUCUGAACUGUGUGCGUUGGUGUGGGUUGUUCUAGAACUGAGGCACAAUUACAUUCGAAUGUGCUCGAAAGAAGGCAGUUUUAUUUUUCUAUUGAAAAUGUACACUAUGGAUGUCUUGUGCAAGAGUAAAGUGGUUCAUUUUAACACUA